AAACAUUGUAUAAAUCUGGGGUAGAUCAGAUAGUUUUUGUUCGACUACUUUAUCUGCUAAAAAUAAGAUGGGGGUAGUUACGAACCCAGAGCUCUGCAAAAUGUAUAGACUCCUCUGUCAGGAAUAAAUUGGUUGGUUUUUAUACAUUGUUGUGAACGUAGUUCUUUCACGAAAACGAGCACGCUUGGAACCACGGGAGUAAUAAGAGAUUUUAAACACAGGUUCCUUCAAAUGGUGAGCCCGACGUGAUCCUGGAAGAACAUUAGAUAAAAAGACAGAGGAGCUGACAGGAAUUCAGUUGGACUGCAAAUCUCCCCGGUGCACCGAAAUAAAAAAGGUGAGCAGAAGCCUGUUUGAUUAUAUCACGAAUUCUGCACAUUGGAAAUGGCAAAAUUUGGGAGACUUGUGGUACAGUUGUUUUGUUGUCAAUAGUUAAUAGGACGUUGUGUUGUUAAAAUUGCAUAAUUAGAAAUCAGGGUAACGGAGGACCUGACGUCAGGGUAACAAGGUACCUGACAGACCAGGAUCAGAAAAAAUCCUGGGAGUACGGUAACAAGGUACCUACUUGUCCCGUCGUAGACUGACUUGGAACCGGACGCGGUUUCAAAUUGUAAUGUUUCGGUAGACGUUGGGGAUUUUGGGACCCCCAAAAACCGAUUUAGAAUAAGAUGAGUGUGCCACCAAAACUCGGGGUUGUGAAUUGGACAGUCGAGUGUAGAGGUAAUGAAUGUGAUAUGUAUCGGGGUGAUUACCAGAAGUCACUGGAGGAUUUGCGGAAUGAAAUAGAAAGUCAGUUGUUAGCGGGCAUUGAAAGGAAGAAGCAUAAAAAGAAAUGAGUAGAAUUUAGAAGUGUGUGGGCAAUGUGGAAAAAGGAAAAUAAGAUAGAAAGGCAGAAGUGUACAUUGUUUCAUGUAGCGGAUGAGUUUCGGAAGGAAGAAAGAGUAGUUAUUCAGAAGGGAAAAGAAAUGAAGGAGAAGUUGGAUGCUGCAGGGUGGAGAGAGAAAAGAGAUUUGAAUAAGAAAAUAGAAGAGAAUGAAAAAUUGAGGAGAAAAAAUUUAUGAGAUUUGUCUGGUGUGCCCUGCCAUGGCAGCUGUUCAGCGAAGAAAAAAAAAAAAAAAGAGCGACAAAUUCCCCCGCUGAAUACAAUUUACGGACCUUCCCGAAAACGGCCCCAGUGACGUCACUAUAACCGGCAUUGCCGGUCAAGGCAGCUGCUCAAAUGGCAGACCAAUUGUAGAGGGGAAAUAAAACUCCUAUCAAUUCCGCACAAGCCCACAUUCAAAAAGGUGGGUAAAUAUACAAAAAUUGUCUUUAAAAGAUUUUUAGUUUUUACAGAAAUGGCUGCCCGGACUGGCUGCUGUUGGUGUAAUUUGGAUCCAGGGGCUGAAAAAGUUGACGGACAACAUGAGCCUGGCGUGUGGUGACAUAGUGAGAUUGAUACGCGCCUGUUGCAUUUCGGUUCACCAGUCGGAUGAUAUUUUGACACGGUCGGGUCUGAAUAAUGUCAAACCUGAAAUUUUGUUUGCCCCUUUUGCUCCUAUAGUGUUUGCAGUCAUCCGUGACAUGUUCCCGUCCUCUUCCCCAACGGUGCCGAAGCUUCCGGACUUCAAACCUCUCAUGGAUCCCAGUUCUCACUUUGAAAAUUGCACAAGUAUUUGGACAGAUAAGACCGGGUCACAUCCCUCCCAUUUAAGGGAGGCAAAUGUUAUUUAUAGAAUAGCUUUACUUGACACCUUGGCGGUUGAAGUUGGGACUGAACUUAUUAAAGACCCUGACCUCAUGGAAGGGGAAGAUAGUUAUUUUAAUCGUCAUGUGUCACACCAUUUGAAACUUUUUGUCGACAGACAACACAAAUCAUCAGACGAGGUAAAAGACAUGCAGGAACAACUUUUGAAGUUGCAAUUAGCCCAGGCCCGUAAAUUGGCCACUGACAACAAACAAGAGGAAAAAAUGGACAGAAAAUUGGAAGCAGAAAAACAGAUGUGGAUGGCGCAGGGGUCAACGAGGAGACGAGACGGAAGUCGUGACAGAGGAUUCACCAAUGGGGGCAGGGGAGGCGGUCGCCGACCUCCACCUGACCAAGCAUGCUUCAAUUGUGGUCAGUAUGGACACUGGUAUCGCCAAUGUACUGUUUUCCCAAUGAUUCAACAGCAACCUUCAGUGGAACCCGGAGAGGCCACACCUCAAAGAGGAGGCUACAAAGCUCCACGAGGGAGAGGUGGACGUGGCCCGGCACCCUGGCAACAGCAUCCGCAGCAGGCUCCACCACAACAACAGCCAUUUCGCCAGUACUACUGUGAGGAGGACUGGUCCAAUUGGCAAUAGGGGGGCCCGGAGCCAGGGGACGGAGGAAAGGCAGAGCCUCUUAUCCCCGCUAAGGGAGGACGACCACCUUAAUGGGCUUUGCAGGGGUGCCCAUGAGUCUGCCGAUUACGACACCAUUAAAGACUGAAAUUGCUGGACAGACACAUGAACAUCGGUUUGUCCUCAUGAAAGGAGGGGCUACAGUGAACCUGAUGGGCAGAGAUCUGCUUAUCAAGACCAGGGCUACCAUCCUUUGUAGCCCGGAUGGACUGACGAUACGGUUCCCCGAUGGGACCAUGAUGAACUGUGGACAGAAGUUGUCCUCCGGAUGGAACAUGAUACAACAUGAACUUCCGGAAGCAACUGCUGACAUAUAUUGGGCCCGACUAAAACCGGAAACAAAGGAGGGAGGCAGCGUCUACUGGGCCUUCCUUCGGUGGAAGCCCUGGAUCGACUCUCUUGCCCCCUAUCGCCCUCCAAUUGAUCCCCUCCAUCUCACACUGUUUUAUGAUAAAAAUGACGAUUUGGUUUAUAGGGAAGCUUUUGAGUCGAUACAGGAAGAAAAUUGGAGGCUCAAUAGUACAGGUAAAACAGGAAAACAAGGUGUGGCGGCUGCCUCCACCAUGGCGACAGAGCAGAGUGAGUGGUUUAUGAUGAGCUUGACAUCUUUUUCCCGAGAACUGGGACCCAUGGUGAGAAAAUGCCAUUUGGCAAAUAAUUGGCAACAAGGUCAAAUACAAUGUGUUGUACUUUCCUAGUACUGAAUGUUUUUGUAUUCAG